AUGUCGCGCCAGGCACGUCGCUCUGGCCGCCUGGCGGUAACCUGGUGUCUCUCGGUGACGCCAUCCGCCAUGGCCGUCGCUGCUAUGACCUGUGCCCCCAGCACUGGAGGAGCCACUGUGGGAGCCUCCAGCUUCAGCGCCAUUCCCAGUCCCGGUCCCGGUUCCAGCGGUUCCAGUUCCAGUGGUUCCAGUGGCCCCAGUCCCAGCAGCUCAAUCAAUUCCAACGCAUCCAUCGCUAUUCCCCGCCCUCUGAUUGGCCUGCCGUCCCGCGCCAUCGCAAUCACCACCCGCUGUGGAGGUCCAAGCUCAUCCUCUGGCUUCAUUGACUCCCUUGAGAUCCCCCAGUCAUCCCGCUUCCCCGCGUCUCCCUCUCGUCGCUCUUUUUUUCCUCGUCUCCCUCCUUCAUCCUUGCCAAAAUCUCACCUCCGCGCCUACCACGUAUACUCGACCGCCUCCCAACUCCCCUCCGCGCUCUCCUCGGCCGUCCUCCAUCUCGCCCCGACCCUUACGCGCCGUCGCUUGCGCAAGCUCGUCGUCGCCAUGGGCCACAGCCAUAGCCAUGGUGGCCACUCCCACCACAACCACGACAACUCCUACCUCGUCUCCGCCAACAAGAACGAUCCCGGCGUCCGCAUCACUCGCAUCGGCCUCCUCUCCAACCUGCUCAUGGCCGUCGCCAAGUUUAUCGGCGGCUGGGCCUUCAACUCGAAGGCCAUGGUCGCCGACGCGUGGCACAGCAUCGCCGACAUGGCCUCGGACAUUCUCACCCUCGCCACCGUCUCCUGGAGCAUAAAACCGCCCUCUGAUCGCUUCCCGCUGGGCUUCGGCAAGGUGGAGAGCCUUGGAUCACUUGGCGUUUCGGGCAUGCUACUGGUCGGUGGCGUCUACAUGGGAUGGGAUAGCGGCAUUAGUCUGCUCGCCCACUUCAACCCCGAAACAGCCCACGACAUUCUCGAGCACGUCGGCCAUGGCCAUGGACACAGUCACUCUCACAGCGCUGCGGAUCUCGGCAUCCCCAGCGUUCACGCUGCUUGGCUGGCCGCCGGAACCAUCCUCGUCAAGGAGUGGCUUUAUCACGCGACUAUGAAGGUGGCGCGCGAACGCAAAUCUUCUGUCCUCGCGUCCAAUGCGGUCCACCACCGCGUCGACAGCCUCACGGGAAUCGUCACCAUGGCCGCCAUCAUCGGCGCAAACGUUAUUGAAAACGCUGCAUGGCUGGAUCCCGUCGGCGGCCUGCUCAUUUCCAUCAUGGUCAUCCACGCCGGUUUCGACAACACCAAGUCGGCCCUCUACGAGCUCAUCGAUCAGACCAUUGACGCUGACGUCAAGAGCAGCAUCCGCAAACAGACCCAAGGUGCCCUUGUCAACGUCAACGACGGCCACGAGGUCGAGCUGCGCGACGUCAGCGGCGUCAAGUCGGGCCAGAACUACCUUGUCGACCUCGAGAUGGCCGUCCCCGCGGUCUGGACCGUCAGCGACCUUGCCGACGUGGAGAAUGCCGUCCGGACCGAGGUGGGCGCACGUGUCCGCGGCGUGCGCCGGGUGCGCGUUCGCUUCGUCUCCAAGGACGCGGCGGUCAAUGCCAAGUUUGACGAGUUUGUCUACACCAACCUCGAUGCGGAUCCCGAAGGCCACAAGCAUGAGAAUGGCUCCAAGGAGGAGCACGACCACAAGCAUUAG